GGGAGCAAGGCGGGGCCUAGGCACUAGGCGGCGGCGGCUGGCUUGGGGCUCCUUAGAUGCGCCACGGCUUCAGUAGCGACCGCUGCUAUUGUCGGGCCUGAACCUCGCCAGCCCCUCCCCCAGGAGACUGUUGCGGUCGGCCACCCCCUGCUCCUUGGUAACCAUGUGUGACCGAAAGGCCGUGAUCAAAAAUGCCGAUAUGUCGGAGGAGAUGCAACAGGACUCUGUGGAGUGUGCUACUCAGGCAUUGGAGAAGUAUAAUAUAGAGAAGGACAUUGCGGCCCAUAUCAAGAAGGAGUUUGACAAGAAGUACAACCCUACCUGGCAUUGCAUUGUUGGGAGGAACUUCGGUAGUUACGUGACACAUGAAACCAAACACUUCAUCUACUUCUACCUGGGCCAAGUGGCCAUUCUUCUGUUCAAAUCUGGUUAAAAGCAUGGACUGUGCGACACACCCAGUGAUCCAUCCAAAACCAAGGACUGCAGCCUAAAUUCCAAAUACCAGAGACUGAAAUCUUCAGCCUUGCCUAAGGGAACACCUCAAUCUUUGAACCUUUAUUGUGUUGUUUUGUACAGGGCCUUCUCUGUACUAAUUUGUUGUGGUUAUAAACCAAUUAGCAAAACAGCUUACAUUUGUAUUUAUUUUUAUUGCAUACCUCUCUGCCCCAUGUUUUUCUCUUCAAAAUCCAUUCCUUUAAAGAAAAAAUAAAUCUGUUGGAGAAGUAUGUGUUAAUUACGAUUUGUUCAAAUAAUCUAGGGUUGAAGAUGGCAUACCAUUUGAUCUUGAGUAGGUUGGUGGGGGUGAGUCCUUGAAGUUUCUGCGGGAUAUAAUAGUCUAGCUUGUUCAAUACUCUUUUGAGUUCCAUUCUUGUCCAUCCUGCAACUGUUGUGCAUGGGAGAAUAAUACUCAGAAGUGCAUGUUGAGAAAUGCAUGGCAGAGAAACUACUGGAUUAAAUUUAACUCCUAAUCUGAUACUUUCCUUAAGUGCUCAUUUUGUUAAAAGAUGUUGCUCUGUAGUGUCCUAGGCCUUAGGCCUCAAGUGAUGAAUGUAUAGUAGAGCUCCUUUAAGCGUUCUAUGGCUGUAAAAUGGAAAUAAGCUGGUAAGAAAGUAGGACUAAUGAGAAAUUCGUUAGGCUCUAGACGGCUUCCCCUCCCUUGCCUUGGCCAAAGUAUACUCUAAAGAUUAAAGGUGGUCUUAAAAGAGAAAAAGCUUUUGAGCAGCAGCCCUCCAUGUGAUUCUAAUAAAGUCUUUGCAGGAAUUUAAA